UAGGGUUGUAGAUGUGCUCUCAACGAUCGCGCUAUAUUGUGGCCGAGAUCAAAAUGCAAACAUCCAGACACAUCAAGCGUGACCGCUUCCUCUGGUGACGGCACGGCGCGCGGUCUGGAACGUGACAGAGACUGUCGCUGUCCACGGUACCGACGGGGUCGCAUCGUUCCCUGCAGGCUGAUUGGGUCUGCAUGUGCACGGAUCGACCUUGUUGUCACGUAUGGUAUGGUAGUCUGUACCUUGAAUGGCUUGCGGGAUCAGGAAUCUGAUGCAUCACCCUGUCUGAAUUUGUGAGAUCACUUUGCGGUUCACCUUGGAAAACGCAUGAGAGGUUGAUGGAUCGGAUGCAGCAGAAACAAAUCAACACUGUCCCAGCCAGGCCCAAAGUGCAAAGUGGACACCAUGCAUUCACAGACGUCAGUCCAAGAUUACCUUCCCAGCUAGCACUCCCGGAAUGUCCAGACAUCUCUAGACAGCCAGCACUCUGCCCGGUGCAGGUUGCUGGUGUACCUGUGAAAGUGGCAGACCAAAUGCAGUCAGGGCUAGCGAGGUCUGGUUCCAGCCCAGUGACAUUAGCUAGCAUUAGCCGACCUCGGCCGACCGCUCUGGGAGCCAAACCUGCUCUGAAGUCGGCCAGAGUCUCAGAGGACCUAUCCAAGGAUAAAAUGGAUUCAAUUCCAGUUUGCAUCCCGGGACCCCAGAGUGCCAACACCCUGCCGCAGUCCCCCAAAGAGUCCUGUCUUCACAGCCCUCAGAGUCCUCAUAGCCCUCAGUCUUACACCAGCCAGCCUUACCUGAGCCCCCUUCCCAACCCCCCGCUGCCUCAGCACAACCUUAACCCACCGUCCAGCCUCAGCCCCAAACCCAGCCUGAGCCCCCAGUCUCAGAGGACCUCCACCUCUUCACCUGGCAGUGCAACAGAGAGCCAAACACAGUCAGAUAAGACAGGGGGAGAAGCCAAUGACUUCAGGGUGUAUAUAGUCACAUGGAACGUGGGAUCAGCUGUUCCUCCAGAUGACAUCACCUCUCUGUUUGGGCCAAGUGUUUCUGAUGGGAGCGUCGACAUGUUUGUCAUCGGUUUGCAGGAAGUCAACUGCAUGAUUAACAAGCUGCUGAAAGACGCUCUGUUCACGGACCAGUGGAGUGAGCUCUGCAUGGACACACUCAGUCCCUUUGGAUAUGUGCUGGUGGCAUCCCAGCGAAUGCAGGGGGUAUUUUUGCUCGUGUUUGCUAAAUUCUGCCAUCUUCCAUUUCUGAGGGGUGUGCAGACAGAGAGCACACGCACGGGCCUCGGAGGCUACUGGGGGAAUAAAGGGGGUGUCAGUGCAAGGAUGACAGUGUUUGGACACCCGGUGUGCUUUCUCAACUGUCACCUGCCAGCUCACAUGAGGAACCUGGAGCAGCGCAUGGAGGAUUUUGAAAGCAUCCUGCAGCAGCAGCAGUUUGAGGGAGGGACUGCCACUGGCGUGCUGGACCAUGAUGUCGUGUUCUGGUUUGGGGAUCUAAAUUUUCGGAUUGAAGACUAUGACAUUCAUGUGGUGAAAUGUGCCAUCGACAGCAAUAAGCUGCCUCUGCUGUGGGAGAGAGACCAGCUCAACAUGGCUAAAAACACAGAGGCCAUCUUGGAGGGCUUCAUGGAAGGCCAGCUGAAAUUCCCACCUACCUAUAAGUUUGAUGUGGGCACUCAUACGUACGACACCAGUGCUAAGAAAAGGAAGCCUGCUUGGACAGACCGCAUUCUCUGGCGCCUUCGUCGCACUGGUUCUCCUGUUCCUACCCAUAAUGCAGCUUUGCAGCGUGGUCUCACCUCAUGGUUGGGUGGGGCGACUAAAGUGACGCAGCAUGCAUACCGCAGUCACAUGGGCUACACUAUCAGUGACCAUAAGCCUGUUUCUGCUCUGUUUUCACUGCAUUUUCCAUUCAAGGUGGAUAUGCCCCUGGUAGAACUGCAUGUGAGCAAAGAAUGGUGUAAAGUCUCCGAUACUACAGUCAGAUUCACUGUGGCAGCAACCUAUCAGCGCAGCUCAUGGGACUGGGUAGCAAUAUACAAGGUUGGCUUCAGACAUCACAAGGAUUAUGUAGUUUAUGUCUGGGCCAAGGGAGAGCAUGUGACACAGGUGACAUUUACAGAAGAGGACUUGCCAAGGGAUGAUGAGGAGUACAUUCUGGGUUACUACAGUAACAAUAUGAACAGUAUUGUUGGAGUGUCAUCGCCUAUAAAGAUCCAUAUGCCAGUCCUCAGCCCCACCGUGUGUCGCUCUGACAGCUCUGACGUCAGCUCGGAAGAUGACAGCACGCUGGUCCUGCUGGCUCCAAACUCCCGCAGCCCGAGUCCUAAAACAGGGAAACACCAUCACCAUCACCAUCGCCACCGUCGCAGUCGCAGCCCUGCAGUUCCUGCUCUCUCCUCUAAUCCCCUUCCCUCCUUACAGGGCCUCAGCCUGUGCCCUCGAGCCAAAGAAGGCCAGUCACGUAGCUGCUCGCCCUGCUCUGCUGCUAAGAAGGAGCGACUGGUCUCCCCUGGCACCAUGCCGUCACCCUCGAUUAGCCCCCUCAGUCCCCGCAGCCCUGUGUCUCCAGGCAGUGGGGUGACCGCUCCCGAGGCCCUGGUUGCCGCAAUCCUGGGUGAACACAGGCCGGCUCAGGUUAGCCCCACAGGGGGCAGACAGACAGGAAAGGCAGGGGAAACAAGUUUAUGAGAGUGCUACCAACAGUGGUGACGAUGACUGAGACACUGCAUAGAUGUUUAAAAAAAAAAAAAAAACGAAACAUAAAAGGUGAAAGAUGGCAAUAUCCAUACAUCCAGAGGCUGAUCUGACCCCACACUGUCACUGUGCUCAUAGAAGCAGCACAUUUUACGACUUGUAACGUAGUUUGCAACAUUCCGCAUUGUAGCCCACCAGUUCUCUAUUUCUGAAUCUACCAUCAGUGACUUCAUCUCAUACACUGUGUGUGCUUCAGAGAUAGAGAUUUGUCCAGACUCUAACAAGUGCUUUUAUAGACUCAUACUCUAUAUCAUAUGUAAACAAACAUACUGAAUGUGAAACCAAAGUCAGAGUAAAUCUGUAAUGGACAUUACCAUGAUUACUGACAGAAAUGGAGCCAUGUCAAUUAUCCUGUAUCAAAAGCAGGACCCUGGACUACGAUGUUGUGUAACACCUCAGAAGUAUUGAUGGUAUCAUAGUUCACUAAUUGAUUUGUGUGUGUGGAUGUGUACAUGUGUGUGAGAGUGUGUGAGAGAGAGUAUAUAUAUAAAACAUGUUUGAAAUGUGAGAUGCACAUGAAACAUGCAUUUGGGACCAGAUGAGUUUUAAAAUUGCACUCUAUAGUUCUUGGUCUGUAUUCAUAAAAUACAUGUCUAAGAAUAGUGAUAGACCAUUUAGUCACUUAAGUCUUCCUAAAGAUUAUGUACAACCGUGUGACUCGACCAGUAAUCUUAGAUCAGUGCUCUUACUCUUAGCGGCUUUGUGAAUACAGCCCUCAGUCUAUAGAGCUAAGCAAUUUGAUGUCUAGAUUGUAAUGGUUGUUUCCAGUUUUGCUUUGGUCUCAAGGGAAUCACUGCUGUUUUAACUGUGUGAGGGUGUGACAACAAAAUAAAAACAAGCAACCUUCAAAGAA